ACUGAGAGCUGUGAUACUUUUAUACAAGGUCACAUACUAAUUGUAGCUAGGCUAGCUGUAAACCAAACAGCGAAACGAGAUGAUAGUCUGGGCCGUAACGUUGAUUUGCAUCGUCUUCGGAGUAUUCGUCCUCCAGCAGAGAAGAAAGAGGCGGGCUGCGUAUCCAGAGUCGUUCAACACUAAAACCCGUACGCAGAGUCGUCAUAACGUGUCGGCUGCGCCAGACGUGUUUUCCGAGGAGACGGAGGUUUUGGUGGUCGGUGCGGGGAUUCUGGGCUCUGCUGCGGCCGCGACGCUGGCGAGGGACGGACGGCAGGUGAAAGUCAUCGAGCGGGAUCUUUCCGAGCCCAACCGCAUCGUAGGCGAGCUGCUGCAACCGGGUGGAUUCGGGGCACUAAGAAAACUCGGCCUGGAAGAUGCAGUGAUUGGUAUCGAUGCUCACACCGUGCAGGGAUACGCUAUCCACGACAACGACACCAGAGAGAGCGUGGUUCUCUCUUACCCCACCAACGAAGCGAGUCAAAAGUUGCAAACCGGUCGCUCCUUCCACCACGGGAGGUUUGUGAUGGGUCUCAGAGAAGAGGCCAGGAAAUCGAAAGUUAGCCUUAUAGAGGGAACGGCGAUUAGCCUGCUUGAAAAUAAACAAGGACACACUGUCGGUGUUCUUUACAAGGAGAAGGAAACUGGACAUGUGAAGGCAAUCAAAGCAGAUCUGACUAUAGUAGCUGACGGAUGCUUCUCGAAAUUCCGAAAGGGCCUGGUGAAUGCAUCGGUGGAAGUACCUUCCCACUUUGCAGGGCUGAUCCUCACCGGCUGUCCGCAGUUCAAGACGGGGUUUGCCGAGAUUGCACUCCCCGUGGGCAGCUCGGGACCAAUCCUGGUCUAUCAGAUUUCCAGCACGUGUACUCGAGUCCUUGUUGACAUUCGAGGAAAGAUGCCGUCCGACUGUGAAGCAGUACAUGGAGGACACAGUCGCACCAGAACUCCCAGAAUUACACGCUACAAUAUUGAAUGGCAUGGUGUGCUGCAAGAUAUGGCUCCUCUCACUCGUCUUGCUACAGAGCACAUCCGUGGCCCCUUCCUGAAGGCACUGGUGACACAGCAGAUCCGCAGCAUGCCCAACUCUUUCCUCCCGCCGGCCCCAAUACACCUACCUGGAAUGAUACUGCUGGGAGACGCAAUGAACAUGCGGCACCCCCUCACAGGGGCCGGGAUGAGCGUGGCCCUUCACGACAUCCUCAUCUGGAGGGACCUACUGCGAGGUGUCCCUGAUUUGAGGGACCACUCGGCCAUCCUCAGUUGCUCGAGAAAGUUUCAGCGGCAACGGAAGAUGUAUCACUCGUUUGUGGUCAACGUUUUGGCACAGGCACUGUAUGCUCUCUUCUCUGCUUCUGACGAGUACCUUCGUCAGUUGCGUAGAGCCUGUUUUGGCUACUUUCAGUUGGGAGGUAUGGCAGUCUCUGGACCUGUCGGCCUUCUAUCAGUGCUGCGUCCAAAUCCUCUCAUUCUCAUUGGACACUUCUUUGCCGUGGCACUCUAUGCGAUGUACCAGAUUGUGACUACGUCUUCCUGUGCGGUGCACAGAGCAGUCUUCAAGGCAGCGAUGGUUCUCGUACGAGCCUGCUCAGUUAUUUUCCCUCUCAUUGGCUCCGAACUCAUCAGUUUUCUCUGAGACACUCACCUCAUUCUCAUCUUGUGACAUGUAUUAUUAUACGGAGUUGCAUGUUCUGAUCUCUCAAACUAUCUAAACUUAUUCAUGAUCUGAUUAUGCUAAUAAAUGUUGCA